CGCAUGCGCACUGGUCCCGCUGUGCGCUCCACUGUUUUGCAUUGUGUGUUGGAAGAGCCGGCGAGUCGUCCCCCGUAAAACCGUCUCAACCCACCGCGGCAAUGUCGGGCAGGUCGGUCCGAGCGGAGACCCGGAGCAGGGCCAAAGAUGACAUCAAGCGGGUGAUGGCCGCUAUCGAGAAAGUACGAAAAUGGGAGAAGAAAUGGGUGACUGUCGGGGACACGUCCCUUCGUAUCUACAAGUGGGUUCCGGUGACGGAGCCCAAAUCGGACGACAAAAACAAGAACAAGAAGAAGGGCAAGGAUGAGAAAUACGGCUCUGAGUUGACCACUCCAGAGAAUAGUUCGUCCCCCGGGAUGAUGGACAUGCACGAUGACAACAGCAACCAGAGCUCCAUCGCCGACUCGUCACCCGUCAAACAGGAAACCAGCUGUAGCACCAGUCCGGCACCGGAGUCCACUACGGCGUCUCAUCGCGAAAACGAGGCCAAGACUGAGCAGAGUUCUGAUGCCAAGAGAGGUAAGAACGCGUCGUCGUCGGAAGUUCCCGAUCGAGCGCAAAGCGUCAAGCGAGAAGGAGAGAAAGACGCCUCGGACAGCAAAGCCAGUCAGGACGUGGAUGAAGAGGCCCCGCCCACCAAGAAGAGCAAAGUGGAGUGUCCGGACUUUGACGAGAGUUAAAGUUCGGGCUUCUGGACUCACUCACGCCCCCUUCUGUCCAAAAGGGACGGUACUCCUCCACUAAAGAUGGAUCCUCCAUUGUCAGCCUCGCCAAACGUGCUUCCUUCCACGUCUGACCAGAAGGGCGGCGCCCGGGUAUCCGCUUUAGGAAUUUGUUUUGAGGGAGGGGGCGUCGAUGCUCCCCUUAGACCGAUAUUCUUUCUUUUUUUACGUGUUUAGGAAGUUUUUCUCAGGAGGGUCGAUGCACUGUUACCAUGUUUGUCACCAUGGAUCACACUUUAGACGGAAGCUUCUUCUCUCCUUCCACGGACGAAGAAGGUGCCUUGCUGGCUUUUUUGCUGCCAUCUUUUAGCUUUGGUGUUUGCCUUAAAGCCGUCAGUCGUCGUAGCUUUAGCACGGCUGUCCUUUAGCUUAGCAUCGAGCCUGGAAGCAAGUAGCUCCUUUCACACAGAACAAAUCCACCUAAAAAAGUAGCUCCUUUCACACAGAAUAAGUCCACCCGAAAAAGUAGGUCCUUUCACACAGAAUAAGUCCACCUAAGAAAGUAGCUCCUUUUACACAGAAUAAGUCUACCAGAGAAAGUAGCUCCUUUCACACAGAAUAAGUCCACCCGAGAAAGUGGCUCCUUUCACACAGAAUAAGUCUACCCGAGAAAGUAGCUUUCACACAGAAUAAGUCCACCCGAGAAAAUAGCUCCUUUCACACAGAAUAAGUAUACUUAUUCUAUAUAAGCUCCUUUUGCACUGAGUAAGUCCACCCAAGAAAGUAGCUCCUUUCACACAGAAGAAGUCCACCCGAGAAAGUAGCUCCUUUUAAAUAGAAUAAGUCUACCCGAGAAAGUAGCUCUUUUCACACAGAAUAAGUCCACCCGAGAAAGUGGCUCCUUUCACACAGAAUAAGUCUACCCAAGAAAGUAGCUCCUUUCACACAGAAUAAUUCCACCCGAGAAAAUGGCUCCUUUCACACAGAACAAGUCCACCCGAGAAAGUGGCUCCUUUUACACAGAAUAAGUCCACCCGAGAAAGUAGCUCCUUUCACACAGAAUAAGUCCACCCGAGAAAGUGGCUCCUUUCACACACAAUAAGUCUACCCGAUAAAGUAGCUCCUUUCACACACAAUAAGUCUACCCGAUAAAGUAGCUCCUUUCACACACAAUAAGUCUACCCGAUAAAGUAGCUCCUUUCACACAGAAUAAGUCCACCCGAGAAAAUAGCUCCUUUCACACAGAACAAGUCCACCUAAAAAAGUAGCUCCUUUCACACAGAAUAAGUCCACCUGAGAAAGUAGCUCCUUUCACACAGAAUAAGUCCACCCGAGAAAGUGGCUCCUUUCACACAGAAUAAGUCUACCCGAUAAAGUAGCUCCUUUCACACAGAAUAAGUCCACCCGAGAAAGUGGCUCCUUUCACACAGAACAAGUCCACCUAAAAAAGUAGCUCCUUUCACACAGAAUAAGUCCACCUGAGAAAGUAGCUCCUUUCACACAGAAUAAGUCCACCCGAGAAAGUGGCUCCUUUCACACAGUUAAGUCUACUCGAUAAAAGUAGCUCCUUUCACACAGAAUAGGUCCACCCUAGAAACUAGCUCCUUUCACACAGAAUAAGUCCACCCGAGAAAGUAGCUCCUUUUAAACAGAAUAAGCCUUUCCGAGAAAGUAGCUCCUUUCACACAGAAUAAGUCCACCCGAUAAAAUAGCUCCUUUCACACAGAAUAAGUCCACCCGAGAAAAUAGCUCCUUUCACACAGAACAAGUCCGCAUGAGAAAGUAGCUCCUUUUACACAGAGCAAGUCCAACCGGAGCAAGUAGCUCCUUUUACACAGAGCAAGUCUACACAGAGCAAGUAGCUCCUUUCACACAGAAUAAGUCUACCUUGGCGAGCAUCUCCUUUCACACACAACAAUCCACCCGAGAAAGUAGCUCCUUUCACACAGUGCAAGUCCACCUAGGGCAAGUAGCUCCUUUUUCACAGAACAAGCCCAACCGGCGCAAGUACCUCCUUUUACACAGAACAAGCCCAACCGGCGCAAGUACCUCCUUUCACACAGAGUAAGUAGCCCCUUCUACAAAGUAAGUCCACCCAGGUCAAUUAGCUCCUUUUACACAGAACAAGGCCAACCGGAGCAAGUAGCUACUUUCACACAGAAUAAGUCCACCCAGGGCAAGUAGCUACUUUCACAAAGAACAAGUCCACCUGGCAAUUUCCCACCCAAGCCUCCAUGUUCUGACAAAGAACUGGCAAUUGACCAACUUUUAUGGCGGUAGAAUGGAGCAGCCCCUUUCACACAUGACAUAGUUAUGUUGCUCACUUAUUAGGGGUGACAGGACAACAUCGUCAGCAAUAUUCCGUCGUUUGGAGGCUGUUUUUUCUGUGUGAAUGUCACCCACGUACAAUAUUUUGCUAUUUGAGGUACUAUGACAGCUUCCUUUCUGCGGUUUAUAAAAGCUGGCAUUAUUACUCAAUUUUUUUGUGUAAGCGGCACCGAUUCAAAAUGGAGGGCGGAAUCGACCUGGCUAUUUUCUGGCCCAGGGUGUAGCGUGAAGAGCUCCUUUCACACAUAAGGUGUUUUUGCAUCUUUUUUCCUUUGUGUCUCUGUUCUGUAUGAACGGCACCGAUGCAGGAAGGGUGAUAAGAUUUCAACCUUGCUAUUUUCCACGUUUCACAGGUUUUAUCAGAAGCAAGAAAGCAAUCUGUGUGAAAGGGAAUGACAAAAAGUCAGAACAGGGGCGGCAAGUGUAACAUCCAACAUUUAUUCAUCACAAACUGUUGUGUUGAAAGUGAUUGUCGCUGUUUGACAAAUGUUUUCUGCAUCACAACAGAUGUUGACCAACAUUUAUUGCACACAAAUGCUAAGUCCUGUAUGAAAGGGUAAAGGUGGAUAGAUGCCGGCUGGGUCGCAGAUACAUUACUCAAUUUUUCCAUGUCGCUCUUCUGUUAGCGGUACCGAUACAAUGUGGAGGGCGGCGUCGACCCGGCUAUUUUCUGCCAGUUAGUAUGGAGAGCUCCUUUCAUACAGUACGCGUUGCUGUUCUGUAUGAACGUCAUCGAUGCAGAAAGUGGGAGUAAGGAUUCAACCUGGCUAUUUUCCCCCUUCUGAGGUUUUAUCGAAAGCAAGAAGCCGCCUGUGUGAAAGGGAAUGGCAAAAAGCCAGAACGGGGGCGGCAAGUGUAACACCCAACAUUUAUUCAUCACAAAAUGUUGUGUUGAAAGUGAUUGUCGCUGUUUGAAAAAAAUAUUCUACAUUGCACCAGAUGUCAACCAACAUUUAUUUUAUGCUAUUGCUAGGUCCUGUGUGAAAGGAAAAGGUGGACAAAUGCCGGCCGGAUAAGAUGCAAAUACAUUAUUACUCAAUUUUUCCAUCUCGCCUAUACAAACUAGAGGGCGGCGUUGACCCGGCUAUUUUCUGCCAUGGAAAGCUCCUUUUCGCACUGAGAAAAAAAAGAUGCAAAAUAGCUUGUUGCUUACUGUGUCCCCGUUCUCUAUGACCGGCACCGAUGCAGGAAGGGUGGGUAAGAAUUAAACCUGGCUAUUUUCCACCUGAGGUUUUAUCGGAAGCAAGAAGCCGCCUGUGUGAAAGGGAAUAGCAAAAAGCCAGGACAGGGGCGGCAAGUAACACCCGACAUUUAUUCACCACGAACCGUUGUGUUGAAAGUGAUGGUCGCUGUUCUCCGAGACGUCGGCCAGCGUGUAUCGCUACGUCCUGUAUGAAAGGUACCGACGGUUAAAAGCGGCUUCCAGGCUGUAUGCUAGUGGACGCUAGGAGGAGUUAGUUGUGCGUACUGGCGGCCAGGCACAAGUUAGUUAGUUAGUUGUGCGUACUGGCGGCCAGGCAAGUGUGGCACAAGAGACGUCACACGCUGGCCAGCAAGAUGGAUUAGCAAAUACCUCAUUCACUUUCCACCUUAGCAUUAGCAUUGUUACACUCUCACUCUUCAACUUUGUAGCUCUCAAGCUAAUAAGCUCACUUUCUAAAUCAUGUGUUCAUUGAGCCCAACUCACUUUCUAAUUCAUGUUUAUUAAGCCCAACCCACUUUCCAAUUCAUGUUUAUUAAGCCCAACCCACUUUAUUUUCAUGUGUUCAUUAAGCCCAACCCACUUUCCAAUUCAUGUUUAAUAAGCCCAACCCACUUUCUUAUUCAUGUCUUCAUUAAGCCCAACCCACUUUCUUAUUCAUUAAGCCCAACCCACUUUCCAAUUCAUGUUCAUUAAGCCCAACCCACUUUCCAAUUCAUGUUUAUUAAGCCCAACCCACUUUCUUGUCAUGUGUUCAUUAAGCCCAACCCACUUUGUAAUUCAUGUGUUCAUUGAGCCCAACCCACUUUCUUAUUAAUGUGUUCAUUGAGCCUAACCCACUUUCUUAAUCAUGUGUUCAUUAAGCCCAGCCCACUUUCUAAUUUAUGUGUUCAUUUAGCCCAACCCACUUCCUUAUUCAUGUGUUCAUUGAGCUUAACCCACUUUCUCAUGCGUGUGUUCAUUGAGCCCAACCCACUUUCUUAUUCAUGUGUUCAUUUAGCCCAGCCCUCUUUAUAAUUCAUGUGUUCAUUAAACCCAGCCCACUUUCUUAUUGAUGUCUCCAUUAAGCCCAACCCACUUUCUUUUCAUGUGUUCAUUGAGCCCAACCCACUUUCUAAUUCAUGUGUUCAUUACGCCCAACCCACUUUUUAAUUCAUGUGUUCAUUAAGCCCAACCCACUUUCUUAUUCAUGUGUUCAUUAAGCCCAACCCACUUUCUAAUUCAUGUGUUCAUUUAGCCCAACCCACUUUCCAAUUCAUGUUUAAUAAGCCCAACCCACUUUCUUAUUCAUGUCUUCAUUACACCCAACCCACUUUCUAAUUCAUGUGUUCAUUAUGCCCAACCCACUUUCUUAUUCAUGUGUUCAUUAAGCCCAACCCACUUUCUAAUUCAUGUGUUCAUUUAGCCCAACCUACUUUUACUCAUGUGAUCAUUGAGCCUAACCAACUUUCUGUGUUCAUUGAGCCAACCCACUUUCUAAUUCAUGUGUUUGUUGAGCCCAACCCACUUUCUAAUUCAUGUGUUCAUUUAGCCCAACCCACUUUCUAAUUCAUGUGUUCAUUUAGCCCAA